AUGUCGACAGGAUAUUGCAAGAGGGUGGAGGAUCUCAACUUGGGCGGGCUUGAGGCUUGGGACACCACAUCGACUGGAACGAGCGCGCGGACCGGACCGGACCGAGCGAACCGGACAAACUGGAAGGACGACCAACUAUCGACACGGGAGGUGGGCGGGAAUACGACAACGGACGAGCUCGGCGGCACAGCGAAGAAUAGAGGGGCAACGACUGGAAACGAGGACCAAAUCGACGAGCGAACCGAACGGUCAAACGACGAACCGAGCAAAUCGAUCGAACGGACGAACGGGCAAACGAGUGGAGGAACGACAGGGAGCUUCGACAGGGGUGGGUGGACCGAAGUACGACAACAGAUUCAGCAGGAUAGCGAAGGAUAG